AUGUCUCUUACAACGCUUCCCAAUGAAGUACUUUCACGCGUGUUGAAAACCCUCUGCGACAGCGACCUCUGCCGACUGAGUUUGACAUGUCGUCACCUGAUGAGUGCCGCUGAGCCUGAGCUUUGGUCCUUUCUUGAGUUUCACAAGAGCGAUUAUCACCACACGUGGGAUCUCGAUGUGCCGCCGCAUUUCAUUCCACCGACCAAGCGACACCCCAAACCAAUCAUGGCAAGCACAGAUAACUCCUACCAGUGUCAGCUAAGGGGAGAGAAAUUCUUCAAGAUGUUACGGGAAAGCUACAGCAACAAUCCUGCCCGGCUUCAAGUGGCCUGCUACCGCGUUACGCACCUCUGCACCGUUGUGAAUCCCGAAGGGCCACUAUGCGGCAUUAUUCUGUCCUUCUUCCAAAAUCUCGAGACGCUUGAGCUCCACGGAACGGAUCCAAAUGCAGAUUUUGAAGAGAUCCCCGAGCAUGACAUUACGUGGCCAAGCCUCCCGAGACUUCGGUUCGCAAAGCUGUUUGGGCAUAUCCCACGAAACAUCGUCAAGUGGAUAAUGAAGUCCAGCUCUACUCUAGAGCGCCUGGAGAUUGGCUUGCUGGACAGGCCUAUCUGCCCUGGCGAGGGUGAAUGGGGCAGAUACGACCCCCUGCCGGAGGAGGCGAUCGGGACAAUGUGGAAUGGGACGGCUGACUACGGCAGCUUAAACGGAGACGAAGGGAUGCUGAUUCCUCGACCAAUGGGCGGGUUCUUGCCUGACGGUGUAGAGCUUGAUCUACCCAAAUUGAAGCAUCUCUAUCUUUGUUCACCGGCGAGGGAUCCCCACAAUAAUGGAGAUACCGGCUCCGAAGAUGGUGGUUUCGAAGAGGACGAGUUAAAUGGUGAGUAUCAGAUGAAAUACUCUUGGUCGACUCGUGCCGAAGAAGCCACUUUUACUGCCUGGAGACGCUUACUGCUAGGUUCUCGUGAGAGCUUAGAGGUCCUGGUGCUUGAUCAGCAAACUGGUGCAGAGUAUACGGAAGGCGAUGCUAUGGGCCCAGAAGAUUAUGUCAAGUUGAAUAGGGCAGGCCACGUCAACCACGCGCUGGUUGCUUUGGUGCAGGACCUAAUUACGGACAGGAACCUGUUUCCUGCUCUGAAAUGGGUUUAUUUAUACGGCUUUGCAGUCGGCGUGAGGCCGGAGACGCGACCGGAUUUGAAGGUACCUGGUGGAAGACUGAUGUUGGCUUUGCGGGAGCGCGGGGUCCAAUGUGAGGCAAGGUUAGGAGGAUGGUGCUACUUUGAUUACGCGGGGGGGAGCGCUAAUUGGGCAGCAUGGGGAUAUACCUCCAGAGAUCCUGCUCACGAUGAUGAUCAAGAGGAGGAUAAUUUCAACACGGUGCUUGCUCGUGUCUAG